AUGACCAGUGCGAAUUGUCCGCACUCGGACUCGGGGUUGAAGAAAUGGUCAGAAUCUUCCACCUGGGAAGAUGGAAUCCCGGAGGAUGGAGAUGACGUCACAAUAAGCACACCUAUUUUACUGGACGAAAGCCCCGGAGUGGACUUAAACAGUAUAACAAUAGGAUCUGGUGGUCGAUUAGUGUUUGCUCCUGACAGUGACCUCAUUCUCCGGACACACUACAUCCAUAUCGAUGGCGGACGAAUGGACAUCGGAUCCGAGCUCUGUCGCUACACAGGGAAAGCCAAGAUCCAACUACUCGGAAACGUCACUGAUACCUACUCUGUCCCCGGAUUCGGACAGAAGUUUAUUGGAGUCGACACAGGCGGAAUUUUGGAGAUCCAUGGACAAGAUAAGCUGCCAUGGACGAAAAUUGCCAGCACGUUGGAGAAACUGCCCGAUGCAGCAUUUACCGCUAGAGAUACGGUAAUGGCCAAUGACAGAGAAAUUUCUAACCUUUUGGAUUGGCAACUCAAAGUUUGUCCACAGAUUGACAAGGAGGACAGUUUGAAGGGCCUGAUUGUAAAGUCUUACAAUCCAACCACCGGAACAGAGGACAGGGAACAGGGAGUCUUCCAUCUGGGUUCCUCCAAUCCAAAAAUGGUGGAAAAAGUUACCGACGCGUUCGUAGAUUACGUGGACGCGGUUCCGGAUGGGAACGUAUUGUCUAUCGCUGUGCGCAAGUUUAUAGUAGACCGGGAGAAUGCCCUGAACAGGUCGCGCUUCUAUGACGCCUUGGAAACGCUUGGGUACGGAGACGUCACAGGAAAGAGUCAGAUCCGGGACCUCGUGUUCUACGAUGGGUUCGCCAUGAUCCUAACCAAAGGUGACCCUUCUAACAUCGUGGAAGGAUUCGAACCCUACAAAGUGGGAGGUAUACACCAGACUUCUACAGCCUCGUACAUUUCCGAGGAACACGGACUCAAAUACUUCGUGUUUAGCUACACCAGUUCCCGAGGUCACGGCAAAUCAUUUGUCGAGUUCCAGGUCACUCACAUAGCAAAGUCUUGCCCAACCAUCAGUGUCAUAGAUGACGUUACUUCCUGGAAAACAGUGCCCAUGGUUUAUAAACGCAAGGAAACUUAG